CUUACACACUGUUAUAUUUAUUUUUUUCUUUUUGAAUAUCAAGUUGUUAGCGCUGUGCAGCAAAUGAAAAUAUCUACACAAAAUGUAAGUCCGAAUGCAUCAGUGGGUGGCACCCAAACGUUUCAACGCAAGACAACCAGAAUAUACAAGUGUAUUUCAUGCGAUUAUAAGACAUCUGAUAUGCGAUUAUUUAAUACACAUUAUGAAACAUGCAAAUCACAAAAUUUCCAGUGCAAGAAUUGUAAGAAAAUCUUCCCGAACUUUGGUAGCAUGAAACAGCAUAUGGUGCGUGAACACAAUACCACUAUGGAUAAUACCUGUGCAGUUUGUCAUAUAAAUUUUGUAAAUGAGCCAGCUUUGCGAAAGCAUAUGGAAGCGAAUCACAGCACAAAUGUUGUAGUAACAAGUACGACGACACUUCCAUUAACACAGCAGUCCGCAGCAGAGGCGGCGAGUACAACAGGCGCCACCACACCACUUUAUACAUGUAACCAUUGUCAAUUCAAAUCCACAGACAAAGCGCUCUUUGAUGAGCACUUCAGAAAGCAUUUGUCUGGUGUAAAGCCCAAACCGUUUAAAUGUCGGCUAUGCGCUCAACGCUUUGAGACGCGUGAAGCUGCUACUGUCCAUGCUAAACAGCAUCAGCCGAACUACUUCAAAUGCGGCACCUGCGCCAUGUCCUUCCCAAAACGCGAAUUGCUAGUUAAGCAUUUCGAAGUGCAUCAGCAGUCCCAGCAACAGCAGCAGCAGCAGCCGACCACAACCGCUACAGUUGUACAACAUCAACAAAUCGUUACACAAUCUGCGCCAAUAGUCAAACAGAUAACAACCAAACAACAGCAAGCGACGUCGCAAAAUAUUUUGACUACACAGAAGUUAUUGCAAGAAACCAUCGACGAGGCAUUAAGUGACAAUACAGUAAAUACCGUUGUAAGCAGUGCUGCUAACACAGAUGUGUUGCCUACCGCAGCCAACAACAUACGUUUCUUUUCGUGCCACAUCUGUUCUCUUACAUUCAUACAAGAAAAUUAUUAUAAUCAACAUAUGGAAGCGCAUCGUCAGGACAAGGAAGGCGGCGUUGGUAGUGGUGGAAGUAGUGGUACUACAAUUACCACUUCAUCGUCAUCGGGUUCGGGUGGUAGUAUGCUACAUCCGAGUGCUGCUGCAUUACUUAGUGACGACAACAAAGGUGAUGGCGGCGACAGUGGUGAUCUGUCAUCGCACCAAGGUGGCGGUAGCGGCGUGGAAGCUGACAUUGAAAGCAUUUUUGAGAAAAUGCAUUCCGAUAAAAAUGAUAGCGCUGGCGAUACGUUAACAACAUCAGCUGCCAAUACCGCAACAACUACAAAUACCACAUCUGCGACUGGACAAAGCAGUAGAGACAGUUUGGUUAUCACAUCACAACAAGGCACGGGUGGUAUUACAUUUAAUAUUACUAUUCCACAGCCAGAAACUGGAACUACACAAGAGGCAAGAGAUAGCUCUAAAUCUAUACCGACAAGCACUGCGCCCGUAUCCGUGAGCAUAGAUAUGCCAGUAUUGGACCAACCUGACGAAGGCUUAACCCCAACGGCAGUUGGAAAAUCUGAAGGAAACAGUGGAAAAGAAAAGCAAGUCAGUGGUGGUAGUAUAGGUGCUGAUAGGAAAGUGUCUGCCCCUGUUAGCAUGCCAAGUUUAGAUGAUGAUAACGAUACGCAGGAGCAUAUGCAAUCACAAUCAGCGCAGGAAGAUAAACCCUCGUCGGAAGCAAAAAAAGGCAGUGACUCAAACGAAGAAAAUGCGAGAACUGCUGGAGCAAAACAAGAAAAGGCUGAACAAUCUUCUAAAGCGGAGGGAGCUGAAUCAGCCUCAGGAAAGGGGGCAAGUGCUGCUGCCGCGAGCGCUUCAGAUGCUAAUGGCGAUGUCCAAUCGGACAAUACCGCUGCUGGCGGUGAAGGAGAAGGCGACCAUCAUCAACAAGUUUCAAUGGAAUUAGACGAGGCCAUGCAAGCGCAAGUGGAGGGCGGUCAAAUCAAGUUCAUACUUAAUGAAAAUGGUCAGCUAUUGCAACUGGAUAAUCACAUCAUUACCGAUGCUGAUGGCAACCAAAUACUGGUACAAGAUCCCGAGCAAAUCCAACAGCUUCUGCAAAGCGCCGGCCUAUUGCAAUCUGGCGACGGGCUUGAUGGUGAAACCUUACAAAUGAUGACGGAUGCUAAUGGUCAGAUGGUUUUGGUGCAGGGUGAGAACAAUGAGACGCAACUGAUCGAUGCUUCACUUCUGAACGCCGACGGACAAUUGGUAAUACAACAAGGACACGAUGGUGAACUAGGCGAAGGAGCACAUGUUAUUGGUGAAGACGGCACGCGGAUACCUGUUUCGGUCAAAAAGGAAGAAAAUUGA